CGUCCUGCAGCCAAUCCGGAAACGUUCCGCUCCCUGGAACUCAGGUUGGCUCGGACUUUCCCUUCGCCACCAACUGAUUUCCUCUUCGCCUGAAUCUCUGUUGAACGAUUCACGUCUCUUUUUUGCAGUUCGUUUGGCUUUCGCUGUUUUUUACACAGCCAUGCUUUUAGUAAAGAGGCUGUAUGUCUUUCUUUUAUUUGUCGCGGCUACGACCUUCGCCUCUGCUGACAAAAUGACAGCAGCCACGGUGUACUGGGACCCCCAACACAAGAUUGUCCUGCUGAAGGAGGGGGUGCUGGAGACGGAUGGGGAUGCAUACGGGUAUCUGAAUGAUACCCUGUCCAGCACAGGCUGGAGCAUCCUAGAGAUACGUGCCGGGUACGGAAAGACCCCCGAAACUGAUGAGGUGACCUUCUUCCUGGCCGGCUACCUCGAGGGCUUCCUCACCGCCCAGCAGAUGAUGGACCACUACGCCAACAUGUAUCCACAGCUGAUCAACGACCCAAAGAUUCUCAGCCCCGUUCAAAAUUUCAUGACGAAGCAGGAUGAAUGGACCAGAGAGCAGGUGAAGCUGAACAAGAGCUCUGAUCCUCUGUGGAAACAUGCAGGCUUUAUCGUGGCUCAGAUGGACGGACUGCAAGCCGGAGUCGCACACUGGGCCAAGAAACAAGGGAAAAAGCCGCUGUCCCUGUUUGCCGUCCAGUUCCUGAACGCAGUGGGAGACCUGCUGGAUCUGAUCCCAGCCUUGGUCCCCACCUCCAACCCUCCGCUCAGAAACUACAAACUCCCCGGGAUGGGUCACUGCUCUGCUCUCAUCAAGAUGCUGCCCGGCUUCGAGAACCUCCUGUUUGCCCACUCCAGCUGGUACACGUACGCUGCCACAAUGCGGAUCUACAAACACUGGGAUUUCCACAUCACCGAGCCCCACGCGGCCACUGGGAAACUGUCCUUCAGCAGCUACCCUGGUUUCCUGGUGUCCCUGGAUGACUUCUACCUCUUGGGCAGUGGUCUGAUGAUGACCCAGACCACCAACAAUGUCUUCAACUCCUCCCUUUUUGACAAAAUCACUCCCAACAGCCUGCUGUCGUGGCAGAGGGUCAGGCUGGCUCACAGUUUGGCACAUACCGGAGAAGAGUGGGCUAAAACCUUCUCCAUGCACAACUCUGGUACCUACAACAACCAGUACAUGGUGUUGGACAGGAGCAAAGUGAAUCUGGGCCACAGCGUUGAUGACGGCGCUCUGACUGUGGUGGAGCAGAUCCCCGGGCUGGUGGAGUACUCUGACCAGACACAGGCUCUGCGCAGAGGUUACUGGCCGUCCUACAACAUUCCCUUCCACCAGAAGAUCUACGCGCUGAGCGGUUACGGAGACAUGUGGAAGGAGUAUGGAGAGGACUUCUCCUACGAUCUCUGUCCCAGAGCCAAGAUCUUCCGCCGUGACCAGGCUGAUGUCAAGGACCUAGACUCCUUGAAGUACAUCAUGAGAUUUAAUGACUACAAGAAGGAUCCAUACUCCAAGGGUGACCCCUGCAAGACCAUCUGCUGCCGUGGCGACCUGAGGGCAGUGAAGCCUACACCGGGAGGUUGCUAUGACACUAAGGUGACAGAUUUCCACAUGGCUGGGGACUUCGGCGCGGAGGCGGUGAACGGGCCAACGACGCAGGACGGACUCCCGCCCUUCACCUGGGACAAAUUCAGCAGCAUCAGCCACAAGGGUCUGCCACAGAACUACAACUUCACCUUCGUCAGGGUGCAGCCUCUUCUCUUUAAGCCAUGAGAGAGGUGUGUGUGUGUGUGUGUGUGUGUGUGUGUGUGUGUGUGUGUGUGUGUGUGUGUGUGUGUGUGUGUGUGUGUGUGUGUGUGUGUGUGUGUGUGUGUGUGUGUGUCUGUCUUUCUGAUGCUUUCAGAUUGUGGUUCACACAUCUAUUUACACACUGAUGAUUUUAAUUGUAUUCAUUGCUGUCCUUUAAGUUAAGAAUUGCGUCCAAUCAACAAAUGCUUUCUUUUUUAAGAGUUUACAUUCUGAAUAAGUGUAAAAGUACCUCCUUCCACCUGAUAAAAUGCAACAUGUCAAACUGCCAAUCAGAUUUUGAAUCCAUAUUUGAAUGUGUAUAUGUCUCAUGUCGAUUUAUUUUACUUCGGAAUACAGUAAGAAACAGUUGUCUCUUUUUAUACCUGCAGCCAUUUGUGCCUUGAACACUGAGAGUAACCUAAUGAUUUCAUAAAAUGUAGAAUCAAUGCACUAAAUCAGUGGUCAUGCCGUCUUGAAUCUUUAUUUUUAUUUUUUUUAAAUGAUUGAAUUUCUUCAUGCAUGCGAACACUAUCACUUCAGUGGUAAAUGAAACAAUCAGUGCAAUGUUAUACUCAGGGCUGCUUUUCUAGUGCUGUGAUUUAUGUGAAUCCAAAUCUCAGGUUUGUAUUUUUUAUCUAAGCUUGUGUUUCUUUUGUAAUAUGAUGUGCACAUCUGCAUCAUGCCAACAUUUGAAAUUAAAGUUCUACAGUUGGACCAGCACA